AUGAGAGAAGUUAUUAGUAUUAACGUCGGCCAGGCCGGUUGUCAGAUCGGUAACGCCUGUUGGGAAUUAUACUCCCAGGAACACGGGAUCAGAUCAGAUGGAUACCUUCAAGAAGGAUUGGACAGACCUAAAGGUGGCGAAGAGGGAUUCGCGACUUUUUUCUCCGAAACAGGCUCGGGCAAGUACGUGCCUAGAGCAUUGUACGUGGAUUUGGAGCCAAACGUGAUAGACGAGGUUCGUACGGGCGCCUACAAGGAUUUGUUUCACCCAGAGCAGUUGAUUGCCGGUAAAGAAGAUGCGGCGAACAACUACGCUCGUGGCCACUACACAGUGGGCAGAGAGAUCUUGGACGACGUGUUGGACCGCAUCAGAAGAAUGUCGGACCAGUGUGAGGGUUUGCAAGGUUUCCUCUUCACUCACUCGUUGGGUGGUGGUACCGGUUCUGGUUUGGGCUCCUUGCUUUUGGAGCAAUUGUCCAUUGACUACGGCAAAAAGUCCAAGUUGGAAUUCGCCGUUUACCCAGCUCCUCAGGUGUCGACUUCCGUUGUCGAACCUUACAAUACCGUGUUGACCACCCAUACCACGUUGGAACACGCUGACUGUACCUUCAUGGUGGACAAUGAGGCCAUCUACGACAUGUGCCGCAAGAACUUAGGCAUUUCGAGACCAAACUUCAACUCGUUGAACUCAUUGAUUGCCCAAGUUGUCUCGUCAGUGACAGCAUCCUUGAGAUUCGAUGGCUCUUUGAACGUCGACUUGAACGAGUUCCAGACGAACUUGGUGCCAUAUCCAAGAAUCCAUUUCCCCUUGGUGUCGUAUGCGCCUGUUUUCUCCAAGACUAGAGCCAACCACGAGUCCAACUCUGUUUCCGAAAUCACUGCCUCCUGUUUUGAACCAGGCAACCAGUUGGUCAAGUGCGACCCUCGUGUGGGUAAGUACAUGGCUACUUGCUUGUUGUACAGGGGUGAUGUUGUGACCAGAGACGUGCAGAACUCGGUUGCUCAAAUCAAGGCUAAGAAGACAGUCCAGUUGGUCGACUGGUGUCCUACCGGUUUCAAGAUUGGUAUCUGUUACCAACCACCUACUGCCAUUGAAGGAUCUGAAUUGGCCUCCGCCAAGAGAGCCGUGUGUAUGUUGUCUAACACCACUGCCAUUGCCGAGGCAUGGAAGAGAAUCGACAAGAAGUUCGACUUGAUGUACUCCAAGAGAGCGUUUGUGCACUGGUAUGUUGGUGAAGGUAUGGAAGAAGGCGAAUUCACAGAGGCCAGAGAGGACUUGGCUGCUUUGGAAAGAGAUUACGAAGAGGUGGGCACCGACUCUUUCCCAGAGGAAGAAGAGGAGUAUUAA